GGUUGACGUAAUAAUCUUUAAUACACGCUCCACUUUUUUUUAGCACUUCAAUCACAGUUUCAGAAGAAAUCACACCUUCUUCACCAGGCCACACCUGCAAAAAACCCUUCCUUCCUCUCUCGUGCAUGAUAUACUCCGCAUGAGAAUAAUGUCAGACGGCGAUAACUAUACCAGUUCAGGAUUUCAGCACUUAAAACCUCUGUCCGUGUACUCGCACAUGGUGUGCCACGAGCAGUACGGUGCCAGCAGCCCCCUUUGCAAUAUGCAGAUUACCAACAAAACUGCUGGUAAGAGACGACUGGACGAUUCGUGUCUGGAUGAGACGUGCGAGACCCCCCUAAAAAAGCCCCGCUUGUGCAAAUCGUGCUCUCCAGACCAGGGCUGUGUUGUAGACUCUUCAGGCUUUCUAACAGGAGUUUAUGGAUCUACACCAACACAGACAAAGGAUGUCACGCCGCAGCGGUCGAAGGUCAUUCCUCCCGUGGCCCCCUUCAUGUCCACCCCUGUGUCCCAAUGCACGGGGAACAGAUUUGUACAAGCCCGGGCGAACCUGCCCUCGCCCAUACCCGUUCUGAACUGGGACAGAGAUAUGCCAUCCAUAUCGCUUCCUGCAUCCCUGAACGUAGAGUCUUGCAAUUCCAUCAACGUUUCAUUAACCGGCCGUCAGGGAGAUGGGAAGGGCGAGGUGAGGGAGGUCUCACGCGGUCGGAUUCCAGUUCGUGAAUCGAAAUGCCGCCACGUGAACCCGGAGAGGGUGGCCGCGGAACCUGCCGUUGAAGUGAAAGAGGAAGGAGUGUCGGAGAGUCAGCUCACGGAGUCAAAGCUUGACGUCACCUCUCAGAAUGACGAAAGCUUUGAAAGCUCACUACCCCUUCGGGUUCAGGUGAAAUCAAAAGUGGUGGUUCCAGAGACAACCAAGACUGUCUGCCAGUCAGCAGCGACUCAGUCAGAGAGGAAACCAGACUGUGAUGUCUACCGAAGAGCCCGCUACCCUGUACAGGGGUCUGUGCCAUAUCGUGGCGAAGACUGGAAGAGAGCUAAAAAAGCCUAUGUGGAGUCUGUCAUGAGACAUAUGGAAACAAACGGAGCGAGAGAUGGUGUGAUGACAGAACUCCAUCAUCUGAUGAACACGGUCGCCGGUCAGCGUCACCAUCAGCGGUCAGGAUGUGAUGGAGGUCACUGGCAGCACCCAUCAGAUCUCACGCAGAGAAACUAUCGUGUCAGAGGUCCGUUGCUGUCUCUCAGUGAGUGGCAGAAGAGGAAUCAGCUCUGUCUCAGACGCUUCGCUAAAGUGCCUGAUAUUUUUCACAGGAGCCCGGUGGUCUGAUAUAGAUUUUAUUUUCACUUUUGUAUUAAUAUAUAACUGUUGUCUGUUUAUGAAAAUCGUAUCUUAAACCUUUAUAUUCCUUGAUAAACAUGUCUCCGUCUUACAUACUGUACAGAAUAUCCUGCUGGUUAGUGUUGUGCACGGAGAAGUGUUUUUGUGUCUGUUUGUGCAUGUGUGUGUGUUUGUGUGUUUGUAAGUUCACAGAGUGUGGUGUGCUGCUGUUCAUUUCAACAUGCAAAUAGAUUUGAUGUGGGGUUUUUGCAUGAUCUUUAUUUUUGGUUUAGUCCCACAGCUAACCAGCACUGAAUCCACCACAGCUCCACUCUUAAUAG